UUUUAAACUUCAUUUUGUUGCAACAUCAGUCGUGAUGAUCACCUCCCGGGCUUGGCGCCCGCCCAAUUUCGGCAAGGCGCCUACAUGAAGCUCGAUGCCACUCCCGUUCAAUGACUCGAAAUUUCUAGAUAGACAAGAUUCCGCACAAUUUUUCUCACAACUUCUAAACAAAAUGCCUACCGCAUCUCGGCAUCCAAAACUCACCCCUGAAGAGGUGAAUCAAUAUUAUGACCGGCUCCAUAUUCCUCAAGAGCAGCGCAUCUACGAUGUUAGCGUCCAUUCCCCGCAAGACGCAUUCGACAACCUAGCUAGUCUGCAACGGCAACAUCUGGCUUGGGUGCCAUUUGAAAAUCUGUUAAUCCAUUAUUCACGGUCGCGGCAGAUCAGUCUCCACCCGGAGGACUUGUUCAAGAAGAUAGUGCAAACUCCGGGCCGAGGGGGUUACUGUAUGGAAAACAAUGCGCUUUUUGCGAUGUUGCUUCGAACGCUGGGGUAUAAGAUACGCUCGUGUGGCGCAAGGACGCAUAAUGGAGAGGCAUUCGGAGCAUGGAGUCAUCAAGUCAUCCUGGUCACUAUCGGCGAUGAAGUAUUCGUCACGGACGUCGGAUAUGGGGCAAACAACAUCGUCGUACCGCUGUCCUUACAGAAGGCGGGCGAGGUUGUCAAUGCCAUUCACCAAGAAUCCAUUCGGAUCAUCCGCACAAGCCUUGAUGGCAAUGAAGAUCCAGAUCCAAAUCAGAAAGUCUGGGCGUUCCAGCAUAGGCUGAAUCCCGACAACACCUGGCGCAACUGUUAUUGCUUUACCGAGCUCGAGUUCUGGCCAGAAGACUUUGAAGUCAUGAAUAUUUCAACUAGCCAGAGCCCGAGGAGGUUCUUCACCCAUCGUGCUUUUUGCACCAAGAUGAUUCUUGAUGAAAGCGGGAAGAAGAUUGUUGGCCGUCUAACUUUGCAGACAGAGAUCAAGAGGUCAGUUAAUGGGAAGAGCGAGGUAAUCAAGGAAUUUAAAUCGGAGGACGAUAGACUGGCGGCUUUGAAAGAAUUCUUUGAUAUUGAGUUUAGCAAGAGCGACGCUGGAUCGAUUAUCGGCACUGUGGCGGAGAUUAAGGCGCCUUGAGUUGAGUACGAGGCUGGCUUGCCAGUGCCACAUCUGGCAGUAUGGCAGUAUAUAUAGAAUCAUAUGUCCAUAUUACGUAGUCUAGAGGUCCCUACUAUAUAGUUUUACAGUCGG